AUGAUGGACUCCGACGAAUGGGACCAAAACAAUAAGUGGGAAGAAUUGCAAAUCAUCCAGAAAUUUGGUGACCUACGAUAUCAAGAAUCGUCGAUGUACCAAUGUAAAACAUGCUUCCGUGCUGAUUCGAAGGACGCCCGCAUGUUUACAUGCGAUCAAUGUCGCCAGUGGGAGCACUUUCAGUGCGCUGGCAUCGACGAAGCUGUGCAUAGUCGUCCAUUUGUGUGCAAGAAGUGCAUCUCUGAGCUACCAGGAAACCAACGAGUGCUGAGAUCUCACACCAAGGGAAUAACGAUCACCAAAUCGUCCGAGGCUAGAGUCCUCUCCUCUCAACAUGGCAGCAAAGUACCGUCAAUGCGCAGUGGUAGUUCCCGGUCAUCAGUCGUGAGAGAACGGCUAAAAUUAGCGGAAGAAGAAGCCAAAAUUAGGCAAAAGGAGAUCGAAGAGGAAGAACAACUCCACAAAAGCGAGCUUGCGGAAGCACAGCGGCAGUUGGAAGAAAAAAAGAAGCUAUUGGAGGAAGAAUCCAAUUUACGUCAGCGAACACUGGAGGCGAAUCGUGCACGGCUCGAGAAACAACAAUCGAUCCGGCGCGAGUCUUUAGAGAAACGGAACGAAAUUCUCUUGCAGCUUUCCGAACGCGGUAGUAUUAUAGAAUCCGUUGCGGAUUCGGUCGACAAAGUGUCGAAAUGGUUGACAGCUCAUCCAUCAGGAAGAAUGACCGAAAGGAAAUCAGCAGGUGUACCAUGUAUCCCUGCUACUACAAUGGUUCCUUUGGCUCCGACUGAAGUACCUGGGGCUCCGUCCAGCGGGCCUACCAAGCAACCACAAAUGAAAAUAGCUUUUGCAUCCAAUUCUGCCCAACAAGCGACCUUCGUAUCAGCAGUUGCAGCAGAAAUACAACCUUCAACCACUCCGACUCAUUCGGUGAACAUUUCCUCGAGCCCGCUUCCAUGCGGCCAAAAUCAAACACUGUUCAGGAUCAUCCCGGUUGUUCUUUAUGGAAUCAAGAAGAGUGUUACCAUAUUUGCAUUUAUAGAUGAAGGAUCACAGAUCACAAUGUUGGAGGAAAAGGUAGCCAAGGAGCUUGGAGUCACAGGCCCUAUAAGACCACUCACCCUACAGUGGACGGGGAACGUGAAGCGCAACGAGCGGCAUUCACAGGAAGUGUGCAUGCAAAUAGCAGGAAAAAAUAGCAACAAACGUUUCGAACUUCGACAGGCUCGAACGGUGAGCUGUUUAGUCUUGCCCACACAACAGUUGAACUACCGUGAAAUAAGCGAUCGUUUUCCACAUCUAAAAGGGCUACCGGUUGAAGGAUAUGAUUAUGUUCGGCCAAAACUGUUAAUCGGGUUGGAUAAUCUUCGCCUUGGUGUACCGUUAAGACUACGUGAAGGGGGACCGCACGACCCAAUCGCGGCAAAGUGUCGUCUUGGAUGGAGUAUCUACGGAAGUACAUCAACCAAUCCAGCAGCGACAGUUGCAGUCAACUUCCAUACUGCCGCUGUAGCAAAGUCUGAAGAGUUAUUGAACGAGCAGUUACGAGAUUACUUCACCUUGGAAAGCUGUGGAGUAGUCGCUCCCACCGACAAACUUGAAUCCGAAGAGGACAAAAGAGCAAGGCGGAUAUUCGAAGAGACGACACGACGUAUUGAAACCGGAUUUGAAACAGGACUCCUCUGGAAAUCGGACAAACCAGAGUUUCCGGAUACCUAUCCCAUGGCCCUACGUCGUAUGAAAUCACUGGAGAAAAAGUUGCAGAAGGAUCCAACGAUGAUGCAGCGUGUACAAGAGCAGUUGAGCGGUUUCGAACAGAAGGGUUACAUACACAAGAUUAGCGAUGCAGAGUGGGCUACCGUCGAUCAACGGAGAGCCUGGUUUCUUCCUCUGGGAGUUGUCACAACACCGAAAAAACCUGGUAAAAUCAGAUUGAUUUGGGACGCCGCAGCUAAAGUCGAAGGCGUUUCAUUCAACUCUUAUUUGUUGAAAGGGCCCGAUCUCCUAACACCUCUGCCGAGGGUUCUCAGCGGCUUUCGACUAUUUCCAGUAGCUAUUUCUGGGGAUAUAAGGGAGAUGUUUCUCCAAAUUAAGCUACAGCCGGCGGACAGACAUGCACAAUUGUUCCUGUUCCGCUCCAGCCCUGACGAAGCGGUGCAGACCUACGCAAUUGACGUCACGAUGUUCGGGUCGACGUGCUCCCCAUCUUCGGCGCAAUACGUCAAAAACGUGAACGCCGAACAGUUUUCCGAAUACUAUCCUCGAGCUACAGUCGCCAUCAGAGAACACCAUUAUGUCGACGACUAUCUUGAUAGCUUUAGAACAGUCAACGAGGCGGUACAGAUGGUAAACGACGUCAAGUACGUUCACUCUAGAGGCGGCUUCGAGAUACGAAACUUCUUAUCCAACAGAGCCGAAGUGCUGAGACGAACUGGGGAGAUCGAACCAGAACCGUCAAAGGACUUCGCUCUCGUGCGAGCAGAAAUCAUCGAAUCUGUGCUAGGAAUGAGAUGGCUGCCAGAGGACGAUGUUUUCACCUACACGCUAGCAUUGCGAAACGAUCUGCAACCGAUUCUGAACGAACAACACGUUCCCUCGAAACGAGAAGUUCUCAAGGUGGUCAUGAGCUUGUUUGACCCUUUGGGCUUUGUGUCAUUCUUUCUGGUGCACGGUAAGGUAUUGAUGCAAGAUGUUUGGGCAUCCGGUAUUGCCUGGGAUGAGAAAAUCGGCGAAGAACUUUUUCAACGAUCCAUUCCUGCAAGUUUCGAACGGCUCGAAUUACACGUCUUCGUCGAUGCAAGCGACUCGGCAUAUGCUUGUGUUGCGUAUUACCGACUAGAAACGGAAAACGGAACAAGAGUAGCACUUAUUGGUGCUAAAACCAAAGUGGCUCCACUAAAGGUGUUAUCCAUUCCGCGCUUGGAACUGAAGGCCGCCGUUCUAGGAGUCCGAAUUCUGGAGACCACUGGUACCAUCGCCGAUUCCGCCACGCUAACCGUGAAACCAUCGCCAAUGAAAUGCGUCAGCGAUUCGAAAUAG